AUGUCGACGAAGCUCGAUGCCGUCCCUACUGUGAAAAUAGACGAUAUUGGUGUCUACAAAUAUAUUCAAAUAAAAUGCACGGAUCCGUCGACAAAUAUCUCUAAAAUAAUCAUCCGUGGCUGUGAGCAAGCUGAUUAUCACGCAGACGUCCUGGAAAUUGAACAACCUGGACUCGAAGCACUUGGACUAAAAGUUCGAUGCAUCGGUGGCGGGCGUAUAAGAAAAACACCCAAAGAAUGCACUGUCUACGGCUAUUCAAUUGGCUUUGGUCGCCCAGAUCAUUCGAUAGCUGCCAAGGCGAUUGAAGAAGCCUUUCCUGAGUUAAAAGUCGAUUGGAACGAUGAUGGCUACUAA